UACUGUUCUGAAAAUCUGCUGUUCUUCCUCCCUCCUCUCUCUUCUGUGUGAGGGAUUUCUGAUGUCCUCCUGGCAUAGAAAAAGCUGGGAUUUGGGUGUGGGAUUGGAGGGUCAGGACAAGCCAUGAAUGCAGAUGGGUAUUGUGGGGAUGAAUGGAAGGUGGAAUUUAGCAGGUGGGUAUUUAGUUUGAGGGGAUUUGAUGGGGUAUGGAGAGAGAACCGGGGGAUGGCAUUGUUUUGAGAAUAUAUAGCUGGUGGUGGCAGAGAUAGUUGGAUAAUGGAGGGAUGAUGAUGAGGUUGCAUUUGUGGCGGUUAUGUGCAUUUUUGGGUGAUGAUAUGUGUCGAAUGGCGUGUGGUUUGGAUUGAGUGGGUGGUCCGAUUCUUGAGGGGGGUGGUGGUUAGGACUUGAAGAUUAUUGGGAGGAUUGCUUGUUUUGAGGCACAUUUAUUUCUGGCACUGGACUGCUUUGGUUUUGUUAUCUAUUGGGUUGCUGGAAUUCAGGAUUUGAGCAAUGGAGAAGCGCAGAGGAGCUGGAAUAUGAGUUGUCCUGUUCUGUUCUGGACUUGGAGUUUGGAGAUGGAUUUGUGAAUGGGGCACACAGUUUCUGGUGCACGUUGUGUUUGAGAAUCUGAUAUGGAGGAUCAAGUAAUGGGGGACAUUGAAAAGAUUGAGGUUGCUACAAGAGCUGGUAUUGAUAGCACCCAUAGAGUGUUGAGUAUUUUGUUGCAGCAGGACCAGUGGAAUAGCAAUAAUGCUAGUGCUAUGGCUAAUUUGUGUAUGGCUGCGGAGGAUGCCAUUGCAACUUUUCAGAGAGUGGUGUCCUUACUGGGUCCUCAGACUAGGAAAGGUCAUGCGAGAAUCAGAAAGGGUCCUAUCCAAUCCCCUGGUAAUUGUGCUAAAGCAUUUAUGGAAGCACCCAAUUUGUUACAUCUGGACGGUUUCGGUCCAUAUAUUUCUUCUGCGUCAGUCUGCCCAUCACCACCACAAUUGGGUCAGGUCAGACAGUUCAUUCCUAGUCAUAAUGCCUCUACGGUUUUUUCAAUGAAUGCUCUUCACCAUCAUCAACAGCAACUAUUUCAGCAGCAGCUCAACUUACAGACAGAGCUCAUGUUGAAGAACAAUUCAUAUAUGAAGUUUGGGAACUCCAUCAGCUGCACACCCACAUUUUCCUCUACAAAAUCAUUCAUGUCAUCUCUCAGCAUGGAUGGGAGCGUGGCCAAUGACAAGCCAUUGCUGCCAUUUCAUCAUCAGUUGAUGCAAACCAGUCAGGAAGACACUCUCCUUUCAUCUUCCAAGAGAAAAUGUUCUGGAAAAGGUGAUGAAUCAGGUGGUGGCAAAUGUAGGAGCUCUGGAAGGUGUCAUUGCUCAAAACGAAGGCCACUGAGAGUCAAAAGAUCCAUUAGAGUCCCAGCCAUUAGUAGCAAACUGGCAGAUAUUCCUCCCGAUGAUUAUUCAUGGAGGAAAUACGGACAAAAACCCAUCAAGGGCUCUCCUCAUCCAAGGGGUUAUUAUAAAUGUAGCAGUGUGAGAGGUUGUCCUGCUAGGAAGCAUGUGGAGCGUUGUUUGGAAGAUCCCUCAAUGUUGAUUGUGACAUACGAAGGAGAGCACAAUCACUCCAGGAAACUAUCUGGGAGCCCAAAUCUUGUGAUGCAUACCUAAGGUUUCGCUGUCACUGUUGCUAUUUAAUGGCAAAAGAUGCCUUCCAGAUAAUCGAUUUAUAACUUCCAUUAUACAUUAGUCACAUUUCAUCUGGCAUUGGCAUUCACCAAUCAGGAAUCCUUGAGGCAAUAUUUAUAUUUCUACACUCACUGGAAGUGGUCAUGCUUAAUUCCUUUUUCAUGGUUUCAUCUAGAGGGCUAAUGGCAUUUUUGCACCAUGUAUUUUCUUACUCUGGCAUUCAGAAUAUCCAAGAUUAAAAGAACUAGUUAGCUUUGCUGCACAAGAGUCAAAUCUUAUGCGGACCCUGCAAUGAGCCACGCUUGGAAGAAGAUGAAAUAUGGCAUACAUUGUUCAUAUACUAAAAACACGUUGGCUUUCUUCUCUGCUGAUUUUGGUGGUUGUAAAUUAUUGCAAAGUUAUAGCUUAUUUGUGUUUCACUAUUUUCUGAUUACUUGACCUUAAUUAAGCCUUCUACCAAUGGAUGUACCUAAGCUGACAGAUUAUAUGGGUUGGUUUUCUGUA